GAGGAGACCCACUGGAGAAGCCUACAGAACAACCCAAUCUGCUUUUUCGGAGAGCGACGGAGCCCAAGCAAUGGACUACUCCAUUGACGAGUCUCAAGACCCUAUUAAAGUUGGCUUUUUGGAAGCGGAAGUGGAGCUGGAGGUCGGGCUGUCUGUGGUCCAAAAAGAACUCUAUUCCUAUGGUGGAGGAAGAAGGACCGCCAAGAAGCGAAAGGUGGAGGAAACACCAGCAGCCAAAAUGUGCGACGUGUUGGGCAACUUCCUGGAGCAACAACAAAAGGCUCCCCUUCCCACUCUUCCAAGGCCGGUAUAUGCCUACUGGGAGUCGAUUCUAAGCACGUUUCCUCCGGAACGUGCUGCCGAAGUCGAAAGGAAGAUGACCCAGCUUCUGUGGGAGGAGAAAGACGCCAGCCGAUAA